AUGAGGAUGCGAUCUUUCUCGUAUUUGGUCAUGGUCAUCUUGAUGACCCAGGUAACCUCUUCAAUGCCGGACACGAAGUUGUGGAACUGACGAAGUGGUCCCAGCAGCGAACCUUGUGUCGCCAAGCAUCACAGGCCUACUUGGCUCAGAAUGAUGAAGACAACAUUGCUAAGGUUGCGUAUGAAGUGGGGCCAAACGUCACUUGUAAGUGUGAUCUGUAUAUUCACAUUUGUUUUAGACACUGAUGCCAGCAGUAUCUAUUUAAUAAGACUACACGAGUGGAAUUCUCGACACCGCCGAGCCUUAUGA